AUGCCCAUGACAAUAAAAUCGUAUGAAGGAGAUGAAAGUGAAACGAAAGAGAGAAUGGAAAAGGAAGAAGAGGAUCGUAGAAGAGAAGCUGCAAUGGCAUCCUCACCCUGCCUCCGACCUAAUUUUAACCCUAAAGGCAUCACACAACACCAGCUCCAAAAAUUUCGAACUACACAAGAGGCGAUUGCAAGUGAAGUCAAAAUCAAAGUUCAAAAUAAAAUCCAAAGGUUCUUUUUUUCUUUUCCCCCUUAUGGUUCAUGUAUUGUUGAUGUUCUAAUUCCGUUAUAUGGCUCUGCAGAUGGGGCCAACAAAAAGUCACAUGGUGAUGAUUUAUCUAGCCAAGACAGUGUAGCUCAAGGUUCAACGGUUGAUCAGAAGGAAUCAAGCUUCUGGAAUGAUUGUGAAAGGUUUGAUUCUGGAAAUGAAGACUCAAAGGAUGACGUACCUGUGAUUCCAAAGAAGCAAAAAUUGCAUUGGGGCAUUGUAAUUCUGUUCUAUCCGUGUGUGCUUGACACCAAGAACCGGUGGGAGAGAAAAUCCAACAUGUAG